UCAGUUCUUUGUCCUGUACUUGAUCAAUUUAUCAACUUGCCGUAAACCAACUACCAAAAGUUAUUACUCUGUGAGAAUAGAACUAUUGAGACAAUUGAAGAGAGCUGAAUACACCAGCAGCUUCUCCAUCCAAGCUAAGCUCUCUUGACGAGUAUCCUGUUUUCCUCCAUUUUCAAAAACGUUGCCAAUCCUUCUUUGUACAAGGGUUCACGUUUCAGGACUCUUCUUUUUUGUUUUUGCUGAUUGCAAUUGAUUUUUCUGUUCGAUUCUUCCUUCCUUUUGCCAGUUUGCUUUUCCUCCCCCUCCCCCAAAAAGAAGUCUUGUAUAUCAUAUCUAUCGAUUCUUGUCUUUGAAUCCAAUCCACGCCUUGCUUUCGAAUUGGUCGCUCUACUUUGGUCCAAUUCCUUUUCUUUACAUAGUUCCUUUCUUUUUUUUUCGGUCCCUUUUUGGUGGCUUCUCGCCCGGCCAUUGCUUGUCAAAAGUAUUUUAGUCUGACUGUUUUGGUUCCCGCGCGUUUUUCGUUUUUGUAAUUAUCAAUCCGACUUUUCUUCCCUAUAAAAAUAAAAGGGUUUGAUUCUUGAUUUCGUUUGGCUUUCCUUUUUCUCCCCCUUCACGACAAAUCCCUUCACAUAUCUUCUGUUCUGUAUUCUUGGAUCUCUUUUGUCCUUCGUCCCUAUAUUUUGACCUUUUCCUUUUUUUUUUCUUGAAUGCUAAGGCGUUUCUGUUCCUUUUGCGUUCACAAUUGUAAUCUCUAAUUCGUUCCUGCACAGAUUCCUCAUUGUAUCAUCGUUAUCCCAAGCAGAGCAUACAAUUAUUCUCUGUUUGUCUUGAAAAUUCUUUUUUUUUAUUUUUUUCCCUUUUGAAUACACAUAUUUAUCUUUUCCCCCUUUCCUUUAACAUUAUUACUCUUUGAUUUUUUCCCGUUCUUGGUGAGUUUGUUCUGUUCUUCUUUUUGGAAUGAUCACAAUGUCUAUUGCUCCUUCCGCUACUGCAAAACGUAUGGAGCGUCCUCUUGAUAACCGUAAAACGGUCAAAUCGCCUUUGCCCAAGCUAGCGCAAGAUCAUGUUGCUCCUGUAAAAAAUUUACAACAUGUUCCCUGUAAGUUCUUUCGCCAUGGUUCGUGUACUGCAGGUGAGAAUUGUCCUUUUAGCCAUUCUCUUGAAACAGAGCGUCCUGUUUGUAAAUACCAUUUAAAAGGAAAUUGCAAAUUCGGCACUAAAUGUGCUCUUUCCCAUUCACUCCCAGUCAAUGACUCUACAAUCUCCUCUGGUCUCCCUUCGGAAACCACACCCCUUCCAAAUCAUCUUCCAUUUGGUAAUUCUUUGAAACAUAUGCAAAACUCUUCCAUUUCCUCUUCGUUUCCCCAGAAAAUCCAAAGAACCGCCUUUGAUCAAAUGGAUAUGAAGGGCUCUAUCAACAUGAAAGGUAAUCUUCUCAAUCCUGGUUUUUCGGCGUCACCUCCGUCUUUUUCUUCCUUCAGUCAUUCUCCAGGACACUCAUCUGCGUCUUCUUAUCUAAAUAAUUUUACAUCUACUCAGUCACUAUUAGGGACCGCAAAUCAUGGUAAACAACUCGAUGAUUAUUCUGCCGACAUUAAUUUAGGAUUGGCUUCCUCUAUGAAUGGUGUUUCUAUUGCAUCCUCCUUGGCUACCUCGCCUUCUUCGUUUGGCGCUGCAUCAAGUGCGUCCUCAAACAAUUUUAAUGGUUCCAAAGGGCUUCUACAUCAACAAAUGAGUAAUGAAAACAGUCGAGAUUAUUUUUUCCGUCAACCAUCUCUGUUAGCCGCCUAUGCAAAUCGGACUAACGAAAAAGCUACGUCUUUUCCAAAGUUGCCUGCAGAAAUGAUGAAGGCUAACGUACCCUUACAAAGUCCUCAACCAAAUGGCAAGGUUAAUAGCAAUCUCCCUAAACGUCGCCCUUCCAUUAACCAUUCUCUUACAGGGAUUCAACUUUCGUCAGGUGCUACACGUCGAUAUGCAGUUCGCAGUAAUUCGUAUGCUGACGCCUUUCCCUCGGUGGUCUCUACGAGUUUGCCAAACCGUGUGGAUUUAAAUCACCAAAUGGACAUGAGUGAUGAUGAACAAAAGUACUUGAGUACUCCAAUGAGUAGCUUUGACGAGUCAUUUUUGGGUUCGUCUCCCAUUGGUAAAACGAAUUCAAGUAUGAAACAGCUAUCUACUCCUUUGUCUAUGACAAGUCCUACUUUUACGUCUCGUCUCCCCACAAACACGUUGCAGAACAGUAGAUUUGGUGCUUAUUUUUCAAAACAUAAGUACGUUGACACGAAUACCGGUUCUAGUAGUUCUAGUAGAACCACGACUCCCCAGCAACCGGGCGUUGCUGGUACCCCGAUGAAAAUGCCUUCUUCAUUUGGUGUCCGUGAAGAAUCCGUGUUCAGCUCUCCAAUAAAUGAAUUAACCAGACCGCAGCAUGUUGCAAGGCUUAAGAGUGAACCAAUUUUUAGAGCCGAUUCUAUGUCACCUGUAACUACUGGAGGAGCUAAUGAAACCAAGAAUGAUUAUACAUUGAGUCCAGGAAGCAAUGGAUUUUCACGAGUAUCUGUUGCAAACAACUCACCUGCUUGGAGCUCAACACUAGAAGAAGAAACAACCUUCCAGAUGGAUGACUGACUAUCUCAACCUGCCCUUUAACAAACGUAGAGAGCUUUAAAAUCAUAAAAUAGUUGUUUGAUGAUUAUAAACAACACGUUAUUUGCAACUGAUUUGUCCAUGAUUUCCCAAAAAAUAUUCCUUAUUAUGUAUGUCAAGGGUAAAUCCAGCCGUCGAUCUUGAAAUAUAUAUUGGACGUUUGCAUUUUGUUUGUGGAAUGAAUUAUAAGAGAAUGAAACAACAUAAAGGAUGUAUUUGUACGGGAUGCAUUAUAUAUCCAUGAACUUGGUGCUACGAAAAAGAAGGUAAUGCAUCAGAUGUUCUAUAAAAUAAGCCGAAUACCCAUAAAAGGGAUGUCGUUGGGAAACGAACGUUCUUACUUCGGUAAAAAGUGAGAUUUAUUGUUAUGCUUGUUGAAUAUUCCAAAGAAAAGAUUAAAAUUUAUUAAGAUGAUUGAUUUAAGGGCCGUUUUGUCGCUCUUGAUAAAAAAAGGUAAAUAUCUUUGACAAGAACGAUUUUUAUUUUAAAGCGCGUAAAGAUUUAUUGUUCGUGCGGAAACGCUUACUUCGUCUAUAGCUGUAAUUUAAAGAUUUAAUUAAUGUAUUAAUUUAAGAUGGAUAC